AUUACAAAAGAAUUGAGAAAUAAAAUCAAUGAUCUGAAUCCAAAGAUAAAGCUUUGUCUGGAGAUUGUAGGACAUUAACCACCACUUGGUAGCCAGAGAAGAUGAUAGCUCUAGGCACGCGUUCUCGGCAAAAUACAAACACGUCAAUAAGUCUUUAAUAAUUUUAUCGGCUGCCUACGUACCCGUUAGACGGGAUCAAAGUCCACGUAGUUCGUUGGGAACUUUGAUAAUUUUAAUUAUAACUUUUACUACAUUCCACUGAACGUAAUUUUUGUAUUGAAGAUUUUGUUAAUAAAAUUUACAUAGAUUAUUAUGAGGUCAUGACAAUAAAUACAAGGAUUUUAGUUAUUAGGAAGUAUUUUGAUGUAUUAGAAAAGAAACAAGAUAAACUUAAUUCGCAUUCAACAUUUUGUAUUAAGGAUUUUAAAAAAAAAUAAAAAUAACUAAGAUUAUUAAAUUAACGCGUGAUGGUCAAAGACCCCAACUGGCUAAGUUUCCAGUCAUGAACCGACUCGUUUAACCGAAUGAGGGUUCGAAAUCUGCUCACCUCAUUUUAUCGUCCCUUUUAUUUUAGAGAAAGGGGAAGGUCAAUUUUGUAAUUGCAAAAACGGACGGUGGCAGGGCCACGUAAAUUUGCAGAAACCCUAGGGGCAAUUUGGUCUUUUGAAAAGUCGAGGUACAUGGCCGCCCUCUCAUUCUCGCCUCUCUCUCUUCCUCUCGAUCCUUCCACUUCUCUCUUCCUCUUCCAGAAUCAAACUCCAUAGACCGAAACCCUAGCCUGCUCUCUUCAAACCGUCGCCAUCUUCUUCUCCUCUCACUCUCUCGUCUCUCUUCCACCAUAGACCGAAACCCUAGCCCCCAAUCGCCGUCGCUCUCUUACCCUCUCAAUCCGCCGUCGCUCUCGUGCCCUCUCAAUCCGCCGUCGCUCUCGAGAUAAAACGCUGCUCGUGUUCGCAAACGAGAGAGCUGCUGCUGUGAAACCAAGAUUCGUGAUUUCUUCUUCAAAGGUGAGAGCCCGCUCUAGGUUUUUUCAGUUUCAUCUGGUUCCCGUUUCAAUUGGUUCCCUGUUUGUGAUUAAUUCACCAUUCUAGGGAUUUUUAUUUCUCGGCCUCAGCUUGUAGAUUGGUUUUCAGCUAGGGUUUUUCGAUUAUACGCGGCUUCUUUCUGAGAUUUAUGGCGGUAUGGGUCUCAUCCGAGUAAUUUGAUUGAUCCGUUCCUUUCCUCGCUGGUAAUGUAGUUUUUGUUUUCAUGGGUGCUGCUGCUUAGGAUCUUCAUUGGCAGUGUCGACAUAGUUGCGUGGCUUGAGGGGGGAAAAAACUGAUCUUUGUCUGGAAAAUUAUUUUUAAGGUUAGGUGCUUUGUGAAGGGGGGAGUGAAGUCUGUGUCUUUACAUUGUAGUGAGACUAUUGUGCUACAGAGAGAUUAAUUAGGACUCAAUUAGACCGUUUUAUGUUAUUAUUUUAGGGAGAACUUUCGUAUUUGUGAUCUGUGUGGAAUGAAGUAUGCAACUGCCAUAGCUGAAGGCAUUGCAUCAGCUAGCUGUUUUUAAUAUGCGACUGUCUCCCCUUUUUCAUUUGAUGUUAUUUAGUUGCAUUGCGUUGAAACCUUCUUCAUCUUGCAGCUUGAAGAUGCCGCGUUAUGAUGACAGAUAUGCCAACACCCGCCUCUAUGUUGGCCAUCUAGCCCCCCGCACAAGGUCUCGUGAUCUUGAAUAUGUCUUCAGCAAAUAUGGGAGAGUCCGAGAUGUGGAUAUGAAGCGUGACUAUGCAUUUGUUGAAUUUAGUGAUCCACGAGAUGCUGAUGAUGCAAGGUAUCACUUAGAUGGCCGAGAUGUUGAUGGAAGUCGGAUCAUUGUGGAAGUUGCUAAAGGGGUACCUCGAGGCUCCAAGGAAUACCUGGGGAGAGGUCCGCCUCCUGGAUCUGGGCGGUGCUUCAAUUGUGGUAUUGAUGGCCACUGGGCUAGAGAUUGCAAAGCUGGGGAUUGGAAGAAUAAGUGCUACAGAUGUGGGGAGAGGGGACACAUUGAGAGAAAUUGCAAGAACAGCCCUCAGAAGUUGAAGCGUGGGCGAAGUUACUCAAGGUCCCCAUCACCUCGUCGUGGUGGCAGGAGCCGCAGCCCAAGUUACAGCCGAGGUCACAGCUACAGCCGAUCGAGAUCUCCAGUGCCUAAGAGAGACCGAAGUGUAGACAACGAGGCCAGGUCAAUGAGCCCGGACCCAAGGAACGAUGGCCCUUCCAAGGGGAGGAAGCGUAGCCCAACUCCUGAAGAUCGAAGCCCACGCCCUUCUCCCAAAGCUAGGAAGGUGGAGGAUGAUGACCGAGAGUAUAGUGCCAGUCCAAGGGGCAGGAGCCGGAGCAGGAGCAGGACCCGGACCCCAGAAAGAGAGAGCCCUAGAAAUGGCAGGUACGAGAGUCCCCCGGCUAAUGGCCGAAGUCCAAGCCGGAGCCGCAGCCCUAGUCCGAGGGCGAGGGAUGACAAGAGCCCUGCUGCUGAAGAUGAUUUUGAAAACAACCGUCGCUCGCCUAGAGGCAGCGAGUCUCCCUGAAAGAUGAAUGAGAGAGCGUGGCUAAUAGUCCCUGAAGCUUCACUCCCCGGUCGUCAAUUUAAAUGUUCAAUAUUUGGAACCUUCAACUAUGGAUUUUCUUUUAUGUUGUGAUGUAGCUUUUGGCGGAAUUCUAUGUCCUACUGUGAGCUGAACGUAUCCUUUGUUCAUCGGAUCCGUAGCAAUUUCCUAUAUGAUAUUUUAAGCUAAGGUGGCAAUGUUGUUGGAUGAAGGAUUUACCAAUGCAAUUCGGAAAAAUGGAAGUGCAAUGUUGUCGACAGAACUGAAACGUUUACUUCUUAUGUAAUUCUGGUGCAAUAAGUGGUAGAAAUAAUUCCUUUUAGUAUUUUUAUAAAUUGGCAGUUUUGCUAAUGUAUGUUGGUCACCACUCACCAUAGACUAAACAUUGAAAUCGAUCUUUUUAAAGCGGAAUUUUAUAGGAUUUUAAGAUCCAAAAAUUUAGUAGUAAAAUCAAGAUUGGAACCUAUAGGCUAUAGGUAAAAUCAUGAACUUGGAUAUUCAAGAUAAAAAUUGAAAUUUUAACUACAUUGGCAAGGGUAUUGAGAAUAUUCAUUCCCAGCAAUUACACUUUCCAAAUAGAGAUAGAGUAAUGACUACAACUAGAUAUUGAAACUUAAUCGUAUUUAGCACAAUAGGUGUUUUGAAGUGAAGGAGUAUAAGAAGCAAACUAGUGAAGAGAAGAAAGGUGUUAGCCAAUAUAUUGAGUAUGGAAUUUGUUGUUCUCUUUUUAGCGAAAGGAUUGCGAUCAUGAUGGAGGCACGAAUUGUUGGCAGUGUUGUCAGUUUAUUCACUUAAUUACAUUAUUAUUGUUAUUUAAUUAUAGUCAUUGAGAUUUUAGGAGAUUUAGGGAUUAUUGAAAAUAUUUGAGGGAUUUGAGAUUAUUAUUAUGAUAGUUGUUAGGAAAAAGAGAUUAUAAGACUCCAUAUGAUUAUUAUGUGGAAAUUAGGCAACAAACAAUUGAGUUACAAAAUCCUCCAAUUUCCGGAUUUUUCCGAGAAAUGACACUAAGUAAAAAAAAAUUCAAAAUACCUCAUAUUUACGAAAAUUUCAAAAAAUACCACCCUUUUCCAAAAACCGCUUGGGGAGGGCACGGUUUUUGCUGAAAACCGCAUCGGGGCGAGGUGGUCUGAUAAGCCCCUGAGUUGCGGUUUGUAUGAAUAUAUAUAUAUAUAUAUAUAUUUUUUAUUUUAAUUCGAACUUAAGUCGAAACUUCAAACGAACGUAACUUUGUGCUCGGGUAUCCAAUCGUAGCGAAUUUUUUUUUUAAUCUACAUAACUUUUCGAGAUCUUGCAAACCGCAAACAGCUAUAGGCAGUUUGAUCUCACUUUCCUCCCGAAAAAUGUCGUUUGCUACUCCAAACAAACAAUUUUUUUUAUUUUGCCAAAUUUUGGAUGACCUUAACUUUGUGCUCCGCACUCCCUUUGCUAAGUCCCCCUCUCCCUUUCCCUUCUUUCACACGUUCAAACCCUUCCUCUCUUUUCUGUUCAUCCCAUCAAAUCCACCAAAUCCCACUUCUUCCCAAUCUCACCAAUUCCACUAUUUCAUUCACCAUCCCUUGAUCUGGGUACUCAUAAGAUUAGGAGUAGCUUUAGAAGCUUUUGAUUGGCAUCACCCAAAGAGUACCAAUCGAAGUUAGAUCUAUCAAUAAGAAAAUCCUAGGAGAAUAGACCUCAAGGGGUACACACCCUGAGUCAGGAAGUAAAGCAAUACAUCCAUGGAAUAAGAUUAAACGAUCUUG